CCGCUCCACAUCCGCUCUUACCGGAGAGAGAAAUUCGGCUGGAUCCAAAGUGACUCAUGAAGGGAAGGAAAUCAUGUCAGCCGAAGUCUUGAAAGAGCUGCCCUGAGACACUGCCCUACCGAAAGGAUACAGGAGGAUACAAAAAACCUUUGUUCCCCUGGUAAGAAUUGAAAAACCUGGAAAGAAUAAAAAUCACUCUUUGAAAAAGAAGUAGGCCUUGCAAAAAUCAGUGAAAUCAAGGAAGCCUUAGUGAACUGAAUUCCAGAGAUGCGUGAACCUCUCAUACAUAGAAUGUUGGCUCAGUUAAGAAACAUCAGGGAGAUAAAUUCAACCCAGUGUGUCUAAAAAUGACUACAAAACGAAGUUUGUUUGUGCGGUUGGUACCAUGUCGCUGUCUACGAGGGGAAGAAGAGACUGUCACUACUCUUGAUUAUUCACACUGCAGUUUGGAACAGGUUCCCAAAGAGAUUUUUACUUUUGAGAAAACUUUGGAGGAGCUCUAUUUAGAUGCUAAUCAGAUUGAAGAGCUUCCAAAGCAACUUUUUAACUGUCAGUCUCUACACAAACUGAGUUUGCCGGACAAUGAUUUAACAACAUUACCAGCAUCUAUUGCAAAUCUCAUUAAUCUCAGGGAACUGGAUGUGAGCAAGAAUGGAAUACAGGAGUUUCCAGAAAAUAUAAAAAAUUGUAAAGUUUUGACAGUUGUAGAAGCCAGUGUAAAUCCUAUUUCCAAGCUUCCUGAUGGAUUUUCUCAGCUGUUAAACCUAACCCAGUUAUAUCUGAAUGAUGCUUUCCUUGAGUUCUUGCCAGCUAAUUUUGGCAGAUUAACUAAACUCCAGAUAUUAGAACUUAGAGAAAACCAGUUGAAAAUGUUGCCGAAAACCAUGAAUAGACUGACCCAGCUGGAAAGACUGGAUUUGGGAAGUAAUGAAUUCACAGAAGUGCCUGAAGUACUUGAGCAACUAAGUGGAUUGAAAGAAUUUUGGAUGGAUGGUAAUAGACUGACUUUUAUUCCAGGGUUUAUUGGUAGUUUGAAACAGCUCACAUAUUUGGAUGUUUCUAAAAAUAAUAUUGAAAUGGUUGAAGAAGGAAUUUCAGCAUGUGAAAAUCUUCAAGACCUCCUGUUAUCAAGCAAUUCACUUCAACAACUGCCUGAGACUAUUGGUUCACUGAAGAAUCUAACAACUCUUAAAAUAGAUGAAAAUCAAUUAAUGUAUCUACCAGACUCUAUAGGAGGGUUAGUAUCAAUAGAAGAACUGGAUUGUAGCUUCAAUGAGAUUGAAGCUUUGCCUUCAUCUAUUGGGCAGCUUACUAAUAUAAGAACCUUUGCUGCAGAUCAUAAUUACUUACAACAGUUACCCCCAGAGAUUGGAAGCUGGAAGAAUAUAACUGUGUUGUUUCUCCAUUCCAAUAAACUUGAGACACUUCCAGAGGAAAUGGGUGAUAUGCAAAAAUUAAAAGUCAUUAAUUUGAGUGAUAAUAGAUUAAAGAAUUUGCCCUUUAGCUUUACAAAACUACAGCAAUUGACUGCUAUGUGGCUCUCAGAUAAUCAGUCCAAACCCCUGAUACCUCUUCAAAAAGAGACUGAUUCAGAGACCCAGAAAAUGGUGCUUACUAACUACAUGUUCCCUCAGCAGCCAAGAACUGAGGAUGUUAUGUUCAUAUCAGAUAAUGAAAGUUUUAAUCCCUCAUUGUGGGAGGAACAGAGGAAACAGCGGGCUCAAGUGGCAUUUGAAUGUGAUGAAGACAAAGAUGAAAGGGAGGCACCUCCCAGGGAGGGAAAUUUAAAGAGAUACCCAACACCAUACCCAGAUGAGCUUAAGAAUAUGGUCAAAACUGUUCAAACCAUUGUACAUAGAUUAAAAGAUGAAGAAACUAAUGAAGACUCGGGAAAAGAUUUGAAACCACACGAAGAUCAGCAAGUUGUAAAUAAUGAUGUGGGUGUGAAGACUUCAGAAAGUACUACUCCAGUAAGAAGCAAACCUGAGGAAAGAGAAAAGUAUGUGAUAGGAAACUCUCCACAGAAGACCAGUGAACCUGAAGCUGAGAUCAGUCCUGGAAAUCUACCAGUGACUGCAAAUAUGAAAGUGUCUGAGAACUUGAAGCAUAUUGUUAAUCAUGACGAUGUUUUUGAGGAAUCUGAAGAACUUUCUUCUGAUGAAGAGAUGAAAAUGGCAGAGAUGCGACCACCAUUAAUUGAAACCUCUAUUAACCAGCCAAAAGUGGUAGCACUUAGUAGUAACAAAAAAGAUGAUACAAAGGAUACAGAUUCUUUAUCAGAUGAAGUUACACAUAAUAGCAAUCAGAAUAACAGCAACUGUUCUUCUCCAUCUCGGAUGUCUGAUUCAGUUUCUCUUAAUACUGAUAGUAGUCAAGAUACCUCACUCUGCUCUCCAGUGAAACAAACUCAUAUUGGUAUUAAUUCCAAAAUCAGGCAAGAAGAUGAAAAUUUUAACAGCCUUUUACAAAAUGGAGAUAUUUUAAACCAUUCAACGGAGGAAAAAUUCAAGGUUCGUGAUAAAAAAGAUUUUAACUUACCUGAAUAUGAUUUGAAUAUUGAAGAGCGAUUAGUUCUUAUUGAGAAAGGUGUUGACCCAGCAGCCACAUCUGGUGAAUCUCACAAAUUAGACCAUAUCAAUAUGAAUCUUAAUAAACUUGUGACUAAUGAUACAUUUCAACCAGAGAUAGUGGAAAGAUCAAAGACACAGGAUAUAGUGUUUGGAACGGGCUUUUUAAGUAUUAACGCUAAAGGAGAAGCUGAGCACUUGGAACAUGGAAACAAGUUUCCUAAUCUGGAAUGCAUAAAUAAGGUAAAUGGACAUUCUGAGGAACCUCCACAGACCCCUAGGAGGCCUGAACCACAUGACACUGAUUCUUCUAUUGACAUAGGUAUUUCCAAAAGCACCGAAGAUCUCUCCCCUCAGAGAAGUGGGCCAAUUGGAUCUGUUGUGAAAUCUCAUAGUAUAACUAAUAUGGAGACUGGAGGACUCAAAAUCUAUGACAUUCUUAGUGAUAAUGGACCUCAGCAACCAAGUGCAACAGUUAAAGUAACGUCUACUAUUGAUGGAAAAAAUAUAGUCAGGAGCAAGUCAGCUACGCUUUUGUAUGAUCAACCAUUACAGGUAUUUACAGGUUCUUCAUCAUCUUCUGAUUUAAUAUCAGGUACAAAGGCGAUUUUCAAGUUUGAUUCAAAUCAUAAUCCUGAAGAGCCAAAUGUAAUAAGAGGCCACACAACAAGUGGCCCACAGUCUGCACCUCAAAUAUAUGGUCCUCCACAAUAUAAUAUCCAGUACAGUAGCAGUGCUGCAGUCAAGGACACUUUGUGGCACUCCAAACAAAAUCCCCAAAUGGAUCAUGUCAGUUUUCCUCCUCAGCGCCUUCCUAGAUCAGAGAGCACAGAAAAUCACAGUUAUGCUAAACAUUCUGCCAAUAUGAAUUUUUCUAACCAUAACAACGUUCGAGCUAAUACUGGAUACCAUUUACAUCAGAGACUUGGGCCAGGAAGACAUGGGGAAAUGUGGGCCAUCUCACCAAAUGACCGACUCAUUCCGGGAGCAACUCGAACUACAAUUCAGCGACAAAGUAGUGUGUCCUCUACAGCCUCUGUAAAUCUUGGUGAGCCAGGUCCCACGAGGCGGACCCAAAUUCCUGAAGGAGAUUAUUUAUCCUACAGAGAGUUACAUUCAGUGGGAAGAACUCCUCCAAUGAUGUCGGGAUCACAGAGACCUCUUUCUGCACGAACAUACAGCAUUGAUGGUCCAAACGCAUCAAGGCCUCAGAGUGCUCGACCCUCUGUUAGUGAAAUACCAGAGAGAACUAUGUCAGUCAGUGAUUUCAAUUAUUCACGAACUAGUCCUUCAAAAAGACCAAAUGCGAGGGUUGGUUCUGAGCAUUCUUUAUUAGAUCCUCCAGGAAAAAGUAAAGUUCCUCAUGAUUGGCGAGAACAAGUACUACGACACAUUGAAGCCAAAAAGUUAGAAAAGAGCAUGCUGUCAAGGUCCUUUAAUUCCAAUUUUACUGCUGUAAGCAGCUUUCACUAUGGCAGCUCUAGGGAUCUGCAUGGCAGCCAGGGCAGUCUUGCCUUGAGUAUUGCAGACGGAAGAGGUUCUGGUGGGCACAUUUUUCGACAUCCCCAGACAUCCUGUCCAGGAGAUCCCUGUCAAGAUGAUGUAUUCUUUUCAGGACAGCAGAACUACUCAUCAGCUACACUUAGUCACAAAGAUGCUCCUCCAGACAGCUUGAUGAAAAUGCCUUUGGGUAAUGGACAGAUGGGCCAGCCUCUCAGGCCUCAGGCAAAUUAUAGUCAAAUACAUCACCCCCUUCCUCAGGCAUCUGUGGCAAGGCAUCCCUCUAGAGAACAACUAAUUGAUUACUUGAUGCUGAAAGUGGCCCACCAGCCUCCAUAUACACAGCCCCAUUGUUCUCCUAGACAAGGCCAUGAACUGUCAAGGCAAGAGAUUCGAGUGAGAGUUGAAAAGGAUCCAGAACUUGGAUUUAGCAUAUCAGGAGGUGUUGGGGGAAGAGGAAACCCAUUCAGACCUGAUGACGAUGGUAUAUUUGUAACAAGGGUACAGCCUGAAGGACCAGCAUCAAAGUUAUUGCAACCAGGUGAUAAAAUUAUUCAGGCUAAUGGCUACAGUUUUAUCAAUAUUGAACAUGGACAAGCAGUGUCCUUGCUAAAAACUUUCCAGAACACAGUAGAACUCAUCAUUGUCCGAGAGGUUUCCUCAUAAGAACUGAGGACAUAGCGGGGGAAAGACAGAGCAAGAUUUAUUGGAAGAGACUUGCAGGGGAAAUUAAUAUUUUGACUAUUUUUAUAUAUAAGAUGAACUCAAAAAAUUAUGUUCACAUUUGUACAUUAAUGAAAUAAUGGAACUUGUGGUUAGAGGGAAAGAACCACUGUACAGUAUAUAGGGGAGACGGUUGAAUUCAUAGCAUAUAAAGCUUCUUGUUAGGUUUCUAAACAUAGCAAUCAAGGCUACAAAAACAAACAUAUGUUGUUUUUGUAUAGAUUGUAGGUUUAUUUUUGGAUUUCAUAAACAUGACUGAACUCUGUGCAAGGCUCUAGUUAGCCUUGAUUGUAGCCCAGAGACAGAUGGCAGAGCUGUCUAUCUCAUAGCUUUUAUGCCCUUAUUUUUAUUCAACUGGUAUUAAUGUUUUUCUGCUGAAACUACUUUUUUUUUUUUUUUAAUGUGGGCAAGAGUUUUGAAGUGUUGGCUUUUGCUAUGUGCAUAUUGAGUUGAAGAGUGAGUAGGUGAAGGUGGUGCUGGUGGGUUCACUUUCCAAGGCCAGAUUAAAACAGUUAAUUCCUAUAAAAAAUCUGGAAGCAAAGAAUGAAGAAACAGCUGUCUGUUAGUAUGUUUUUAUUAAUAGAAUAAUGCAAUAAAAAAUGUAAUGUCUUUUUAAAGAAAUAAAAAGACGAUAAUUGCGUUUUAUGAGCUCCACAGGAUUUGUUCUUAUCGUAGCCAUUGACUAUACAUUUGCCACUGGUGAUUCAAUUUUUUUAAUUUUUUAGUCACAGGAAGUUUUUAACUCUACGGAGUAGAUGCAUGUCCCUGCAUUUUCUGUGAUCUGGAAAUCCCUUGAUUUGUUGCAAAUGGUAGUACUUGCAAUCUGUUUUUAUAAUUAGUACUCCAUUUUAAUCUUAAUUUAUAAUUUUUAUCUUAAGCAGCAAAUUAAAGUGGCUAGUUUUAAGACGGUGUUGCUGUAACACAAAAUGUAAGAAAAUUUAGGAAAGCCUCUUGAUUUUGUUUGGCCUCACAUUGCCUUGGUAAAGUAAAAGGAAACAGUACACAUGGAGCUAGGAAACCAAAGCAAGUUUGUGAAACUGGCACAGUGAUAGAGAAUUGCUGUGGAGAGUUGUAGAGCAAAGGGAUGGGUCCUUCGGGCCUGCCAGUCUGUAAAGGUGUUCAAAUAAAGGGCUGUUCCUACAGGUAACGUUAAAUGUGAACUUGACACUUCAGAGUCUUCGAAGGGUUUCUCAGUGUAUCAGUGUAAUAGCGUGUUGCCACCACCUGCCUUUGUUCCUUGUUAGUGUAACAAAUGUUGAUAGAGGUUUAUUAAUUUUGUUUAUCCAAACCAUUAAUUUUGUUUUUGUUCUGUCUAUGUAAUCAAAUAAAAUUUGAGUAACAUGCAAGGGUAAGAAUCAAUGCAUGGUUAUUUGGACCAGAAAAAAGUGCCAUAGAAGACCAAUAACUGUUCUUAGCCGAGGCUAGUCUGGAGCCUUUCAUUAGAGCAAUAUUCAGUUAUUGCAAUUCACUUUGAAUUACUAAGAAAUAUAAUUUUGGAAUUUUUAAUCUGUUAUCCUUUGUUCUUCAAUCUUGUUUUAAUUAAGACUUUUAUAGGACUAGCAGAAACAGCAAUCUACAUUGUUUUUGCAAAAGAGAGUUGGACUUGUUCCUUUCUUGCUAGUCAGAGUUAAUAGGCAGUACUUUUAAAAAGAUGUGAACUCAAAUAUUGCACUUCUGGAGAUGUUAUCAAUUGGUUAUUGUACUGUAUAGUUUUAAUAAUUUUGAUUGAAACCCUUUAACAACAACUCUUUGUAAAUUUUAUCUCAUUUUAGUUGAUUUUCAGUACUAUUUACAUAGGAAUUGAUUUUUAUGGAUAUAGUAGAAGAAAUGUGCUGUAUUUUGAUAAAAUUCAUUUAUUGUAUGUGUGUUGUAAUCUCUUAAAAAAAAAAGAAUGACAAACAGCUUCUUUAAGACAAGGCUCGGUGUUCCCUUUAUUCAUAGUUUAUUUUAAAAUAAUUUUGGUAUCAUAAGAUAUUCACAUUUUUUCUUGGUUUCAGUCAGUUUUUUAGAGUCACAUUCUGCUUUUAAUAAGGAAUACAUAAAAUCGGUAUAAUUAUGACGUUUUCAACUACUUUACCUUGAAUCAGAUACCCAGACUGUAAUUUUGGAAAAGGAAAUAAGCCACAAAGAACAAUUGAUUUGUCAGUGGUCUAACCUUAAGUUAAUUGUCUGUAUAUUAUAUUGAAAUAUUACUAGGGCAACAGGUGUUAUAUGCACUAGUAUUUUAUUCUACUCUAGUUAAUUAAAAUUUUUUUAAUGUUCUUGUAACACGAAGUUGAGUAAGAAAGUUUACCAAGAGGAGUAAUGUGAUACAUGAUAUGAUAUAAAAACCUAAAAGCAUAAAAGUUCUUCACUUAAUAGUCAAAGUUUUCUUCCAAAAUACUGGAAAAUUAAAUAAAAAGAACUCUUAAUUAGAUCUUUUGUUUUGGCAAUGAUAAAGUUUCAAGAUUUGAAUAAAAGAGUAAUAAUUUAAAUCUUUUGAGGAAAUAGAGAAGACGUUUUUAGUUUCUAUAUUACUGAGUAAUUUGUAGUUAAGGCCCAUACCUAUAACUGACUUGAUUUUAAUAAGUAUUAUGUAGCAAACCAUCAAGACCAAAACUGUCUUAUUUUUAGUAAGUGUUUAAAAUGGACCAUCCUAAAAUUUUAAACCAUUAAAAAUAUGUUCAGAGUAGUUUAUGUAGUACAGAAUUGUUUACACAAACUAAAGUUAUAUGCUGAUUCAUUAAGAAAUCAUCAGUUCAUCUGAAUCCUGAAAUUCUAAAAUUCCCUACAUAUUUAUUUUGUAAAUAUUUUUCUGACUUCUUUGGACUUGAAGAUGUGUAUAUACUUGAAAAAUUCUUUAAACACAAACAUUGCCAUAAACAGAACUAAACUUUCAAGUAUUAAUUUGCUGUGCUUAAAAGAAAAUCCCAUUAGCAGCUAUGUAAUAUUUUUUGUCAAUCAGCAUUUAUAAAACAUUCCAGAUUUUUGUAUAUAUCUAGAUUGUUUGAAGUAACAGUCAAUAGGUAAUAAACUAAUGCUGUUUAAAGUUGUGUGAUUUAUUUUAUGAAAUUCAGGGUGAGAAAGAUUGCGAUAAAAAGGUAUACAACUGUUUUCUUUGACCAUUUAAACUCUUGUGUUUCUGGGUAUGGAGGAAGUGUAGUUUACCUUAAAUUAUUUUUAUUUCUAAAGGAAGCCUUUGGGAUGGCAAGUGUUUUCUGGUUAAAGAUUGGUGAUCAGUCAAAUCCAUUUGAAAGGGUAUUUUUAAAAUUCUUUCCUUUGAAGUUCUUAUUUACUUAUCCUUUUGGUUUAAUGUAUAGUAAAUAGAUUUCUUAUAAAAGAAACAUUGAAAUCAAAAUAAUUUUAUGUUUCAUCAAAAGCAUUAAUGAAUACACAUAAUUGAUGAUGUACAGUCAUGCACUGCAUAACCAUGUUUUGGUCAAUGAUGGACCGCACAUAUGACAGUGGUCCCAUAAGAUCAGUACCAUAGAGCCUAGGUUUGUAGUAGGCUAUACUAUCUAUUGUGUAAGUACACUCUGUGACGUUUGCACAACAAUGCAGUUGCCUAAUGGCACACUUCUCAGAAUGUAUCCCCAUCGUUAAGUGAUGCGUGACUGUACAAGGGGACAAGAUACCACGUUUUAAAAAUGUAAUCUAGAUGAAUUAGGCAGCCAGCUCAAACCUUCAGGUAUUCCCUGUGUUUCUAACAGCUGAGAAAACGUUGUCCAUCUUAUAUCUAAAGCUGCGGUUUCUUUACCUCUGCAGAAUUUUUAAGCCCAGGGGAUAGUAAGCAUAGUCAGUCACCGUUUUGGAAAACUCUUAAGAGAAUGCUGUUUUUUUAGGACUCUUUGUGAAGCAAUUUGCAAGAUUAAAACUUAUGGUUUCAAAAAAUAUACAGUCUUAAAAUCCAAGCACCUGAGAAGCCCAUUCUAAACUGUGAGAAAGUUUAUUCAGGGAAAACCCCUCAGUAGAAUGUCCUCAGAUUUUCUUUAGAUAACAGUUAAGGUACUCCUGAACAUUUCUGUGGGAUUGUUAGGAAAGAGGCUGAAAAAAUGAUCCUAUUGUACAAUUUCCUUUUCAAAUGUAGCGACUAGGGACGGUUAUGAUCUCCCAUGGGAUUUCACGUGGAGGGUCUAGCUUCCUAAUCAUCUCUCAAUCUCAUUUCAGGAUGAAAUAUGAGAAGCUCAUGUAUCAGUGAUAAAGGAAGAAAUCCAACUUUAAAAUUAUGGCCCUCCCCUGGUUAUUUA